AUGAGAAAAGAUAUGUCUAAGCUUUCUUGCAUAACCUUAGCUUGCAUGAUCCUUCUCUUGAUCUUCAACCAAUCAUCCUCAACUCGUACUCUAGGCAACUCAGUUUCAAACCCAACUCGCCAUAAUUACAACCAUAAUCAUCACAAAAUCACAUUCCUAAUGAGGGACAUUUUCAAUGUUACAACAAGUACUAAACUCACUAGCACUACCACUAAUGAUCUUCCAUUCUCCAAACCACUAGGCCUAAUCCCUCCCAAAGAUGGAGUACGUGUCCCCUCAACCGAAUCGUUCCCUCAAAUGCUUAGUUUUCCUGGCUUAUCCUUCCCUAUGGCUAGAGCUACCCUCCAAGAGUUGGAGUUUGGGACAGUGACCCCUAUCGAGGAGGGCAUAUACAACUCUGAUCACUCUCAUCAUCACGAUGAUAGUCUGCGAGUAGUGAUUGGAAAGGCACAAGGGAUUUAUGUUGCAACCUCUGAAGGAGGGAUUAGUAGCCACAUGAUGGCCUUAACGGCGAGUUUUGGCGAUGGUGAUGAGGCUAAUGGUUUGAGGUUCUUUGGGGUUAGAAAAAAGGGUGUUACUGAGUCUCAUAUUGCUGUUAUUGGUGGUGUUGGUAAGUACCAAGGUGCCAAUGGUUAUGCCACUUUGAAGAGAGUAAAUAUUAACUCACAAAAGAAUAAUGGAGUUUCUAAGCUUUUUAAGUUUAGUGUGUAUCUCAGUUAG